AUAAGAAUGGAAGACAAAUGUGAAGAAUGUGAGAGUUGGGCACAGAAAAUGUAUUGGAAGCACUUCAAAUGCCUGCAUUUUUGUCAAAUUCUGGAGGGUCAUGACUUUCAUUCUCAACUUGUAAUCCCCCGAAAGUUCUCCGAUAAUGUAAAGGCAAAAUUACAAGAAACCGUAACUUUAAAAGCGCCUAAUGGAACCGCAAGUUGGCAAGUAAAGCUGAUGCCAAGUGAUGAUGCGCUGAUUCUGAAAGAUGGUUGGAGCGAAUUUCUAAAUGCAUUCUCUGUACAAAUGAAUGACAUUAUGAUCUUUAAGUAUACCGGAGAGUCUUGCUUUCACGUACAAAUAUUCGAUCGAAGAAAUUUAUGUGAAAAGGAAUCAUCCUAUUUCAUCCGAAAAUGUGAUCACUCGGAAUCUGAUAGAUUACAUCAGGACAUGAAAUUUGUCGAGCAGAGCCCAGAAGAGGUAAUGCAGGAAGAUUUUGCGUCGACCCCACCAAAUAAACGUACGGGCGAUACGAUCAGCCAACCGAAAGUUUAUUCUGUUGAUGAUACCGGGACUGCAAAUGAGAAAGCUAGGCUUAGAAAACCGGCUUGUACUUGGGAACCGGUGGCACUUCCUCGAGCUGGAACGGAUAAAGAGAAGUCGAUAGCGAAAGAACAUAGUAAACAUAAUGUGACUUAUGUUUCAAGGAGAAGGCCUGUGACUGAAGAGGAAAAGAAUAGGGCAUUUCAGAUGGCUAAGGAAGAAGUAACUGAAGGAAGUUUUCUAGUAGUAAUGCGACCGACUCAUGUUUACAAGUCAUUUUUCCUCACAAUUCCAGCGGAAUGGAAUUCGAAGUAUCUGAUGAACUACGAAAAGGGACCUGUACGUCUUAAUAUAAAAGAUCGAACAUGGUUAACGAGGCUUGUAUUCACUUCCAUGCGACGUGGUAUUAUUAGUUCCGGCUGGAAAGAAUUUUCGCUAGACAAUUGCUUGGAAGAGUUCGAUGUUUGUGUGUUUAAGUUAACCAACCAAAGGCAUGAGCCGUCAGUCCUCAAUCUCGAUGUUAGCAUAUUUCGUGUUGUUCCAGAAGCGGUUAAAUCCAUUCGCGUACGUCCAGCUUACAGUAGGAAUCGCAAGCUUUCAUUGCCAUGAUGUGAUCAUUGCGUGCACGACUGUCGUAAAAAAACGCGCCCUCAAGUUUCAAGUGUGUCGAUUUUUGAAGCUUUUGUAGACGUAUGUUCUACAUUUAGCGUCUUACCGAUCUUAGCCUAGUGCAUGUAUAUAGAACAUGUAUGUAAAGGGCGUACGAUAGGCGUUAUGUUUUGUUGUAUGUGUCGUUGAAAUUGAUGGAUGCCAUCU